AUGUCUGGGUAUUAUGAAUUUGAUCCUGAAGUGGUCAGAGAGUUCCUUGGAAAGAAGUUGUCAUCGAGAAACAGAAAGGAUCUCGAUGAUAUCAGUGAAAAGACACGGGUGUCUCUGAAAAGCUGCAGGAGACAGUUUGACAAUGUUAAGCAUGUGUUUAAAACGGUGGAAGACAUGAUGGGGUCCCUAGUGGAAAACAUUAGGACACUGUUUCUUAUAUCAGAAGAGUUGGCAAAAAAAUAUGCUGCAAUAGUGUUUAUCGCUAAUAACAGGUUUGAGACGGGGAAGAAGAAACUCCAUUAUUUGACCUUCGAAGACUUUGCUUUCUGUGCUGACCAAAUGAUGUCGCACUGGACGUCAAGGGCUAGAGGGGUGAAGACACUGACCAGUGAGGACAUUGAUACAGACCUGGACCGAGAUUUUCUUCAGGCUCUCAGAGAUGUCAAAGAACUGUCAGAUUAUGUGGAAGAUCAUAAAAGCUUAGUGUUGCGCACACUUACAGGACUGAGUGACAGAGCUUUUACAGACAUUGAGCAAAAUUUUAAGAAUAUUUCGAAAGUAAUAGUUGGUAUAGGGAGUGGACUAAGCCAUAGUAAAGAAUCCAGGGAUUUAUUUUUGGAUUUAGUAGAAAAGUUUAUAGAGCCCUGUCGGCAAGCUAUGUGGACCAAAGAUGAUGUAGAGGCUUUCCUUAAUGCCUACCUAGACACCAGUCACAUGGUAGAGCACUUUAGGUCUAAUCCUCAAAUGGCAAAGGUCUGGGACCGGUACAUGGUCAUGAUCACGGCCUGCAUUGUUCAGAUGUACCACAAGUGACAUGGUGGGCUGUAGUCAAGGCAAUGACACAAAACAGACGGCUGUAGUCAUGGCAACAGAUGAUAAGCAACCUGUUCAGAACUGAGACAGCAUAUGCUGCAGUUUGGGCAGCUGAGGUCAAACCUUGGCUGUAGUCAUGGCAACAAGGAUAAGCAACAGUUCAGAACUGAGACAGAGCACAUGCUGUAGUCCGUGCAAUGACACUGGUCAAAUCUCGACUAUUCUCAUGGUAACAGAAGAUAUAAUACCUGCUCAGAACUGAGACAGAGCAAAUGCUGUUAUCAGGGAAGUGGCAGGGGGGAGGUAUUGUUAACAUCUAUGACAGAGGAUAAGUAACAGUUUACAACUAAGAAAGGUAUGAGCUCCAGUUAGUAAUGCAGCUAGGAUAACUGAAAGAAAUGAAAGUAAGGUCAGCUAAAUAAAUGUGUGGCAGGAAGGACAACUGAAGGAAUUGAACUGCAUUAAGGCCAAUAUUGGGGAAAAAUGCAGUUGUGACAAACGAAGAAAUAACAGUAAGGACAACAAAAAAGAAUCGUAGCGAUAACAAUUGAAAAUUCAUUAUUGGAACGCCGCGUGAUGCUGUACCCUCACAAUAUAUUUUAACGUAAAACAAAUGCACGGUGCAGAGAAAAUAACCGAUACCUAUGAUGUGUAUGGAAUUUCAGAGUUGACACAGAUGUCAGCACUGUAUGCCAUUUCAAGAAGUUUUGAUAAC